GCCGAAAUUAAAGCAGCCAUUGCAUGUCACCACAAAAAACUUGUCAAUUCCUUUAUGAUCCGACGAACCCAAAAAGAUCUGAUCAAGUUGAGCUCACCGGCUUCUUCCCCCGCCGGUUGGGAAAAGGGGAGAGAAAUCAUCAACCCUUAUUCUCUCCCCCAACACCCCUUCCGACCACCACCCAAUUAUGCCUUGGGUUAUUCUUUCUGUUUAUGAUCGCCGCCGCCGCCGCUUAUAGUCACGUACGUGUGUGCCAUGAUAUUUUUUUCACCCCUACCAUUCCUCAAAUCCGCCGUCGAAUCCUUCUUCGUCACCUUCAUUGCUGCACUCCUUGGUUUCUCACUUUUCUGCAUCUGCUUCAUAUUACUCAUCCGUUUUAAAUCAAGGAGUUCCCGUCACUUGCAGAACUUCAACUCUCUUUGGACUGUUCGAUUCCUUUUCGUCGUCUUCGUCGCGUUUUGGGGUUUAACUGAAGUCAUUCGUCUCCCCUUGUUCCGACGCGUUUAUCUUCAUCCUAUGUUCCCGAAGCUAGCGCCUCCGGAACAGGCUAACUUCUGUAAACUCCACCUGGUUCUCUCUUUAGGGUUCUUCGAGCCUGGUUUCCUCGUAAUCCUUCUCUUCUUGCUCGAUGUCUCGGUUAAAAAAACAACCCCUAAUGGUUUCUUCAGCGUUUUCUACGUCUUCGCCUCGUGUCUUCCUCUUUUCCUUUUACAAGUUUACUUCGUCUUCCUCGCUGGUUCCGAGCUGCGUUUCCGGAAACUUUUUAAUCGUUGUUGGUUCCUCUUCGAAAUCGACCAGGGUCAGGGUGGCGACGCCGAAAUUUUGUGUGCGUACCCUUUCAUAAGUACCGUCUUGUUCGGCAUUUUUGGAGUUAUUUUCAUAUUUUCAUUCUUGUUAUCGUUCUGGAAAGUUGUCUCCCACGUAAUCAACAAAUCGCUCAAGUUUCGAGUCUAUGUACUCAGUUUCACCAUCCUCAUUAGUUUGCCGUUGCAAAUUUUGCUUAUGGGGUUGUCUGCGUUUUGGACGCCGGACAAGUCCACACACGACGGACUUGCUAUAUCUGUGUUCCUUACCACAUUCGCCUGUGCGGUGGUCGGUGAGGGAAUUUUGGUCAUUAAACCGAUCGCUGACUCCUUGAACGCCAUAUGCGGAGGAGCACAACAACCUCUCCCGGAGAAAUCUCAACGUGAAAGCUCGUCAGCAACUCCGCAUGCGGAGGAUGGGGUCGGUGCUACUGUUACUGUAUAAAUAUUUGAAGCAGACAA